UGCUCCAUCCCGGCAUUCUCCAAGCACUGACUCCCCAUCCACUCUGACCACAGCCAGGGGACACAUCCCACUGCCUGCCCAGCGUCCAUCCAUGGAGGUGACCACCGUGUCCCCAUCUCCCGCCUCACCCACUGAAGGGGACGAUCUCUGUGACAUAGAUGUCACCAACGAGGCCAUACACAGUGUGACACUGCUCAUCAGCCUCUGUGGGCUGGCUGGGAAUGGGGCUGUGCUCUGCCUCCUCAGCCUGAACGUGCGUAACUCUGGCAUCUUUGACCUGGCUUUUGCUGACUUCCUCUUCCUGCUCUUCACAGUCGCCACCACCCUCCUCUUCCUGGUGGAGGACAUGUCCUGCUCUCUUAUCAUGCCCCUGCCAUACUUGAGCUUCCUUUUCCAGCUGACAGGAGUUUCCUACUACUGGGCGCUGUUGCGGCUGAUGGUCAUCACAAAUAAUUUGAAUCUGUACAAGCUCUGCAUGCUCUGCUACCGCUGCGACCGUCCCAAGCGCCUGUGGUGGUUGGUGUACAGUGUCCAAUACUGGGCCUUUCUUGCUCUCUUCACUGUCAUUCUUGCAGUGACAAACCUGUGCCCAUCACACCGGCAGGAGCACUGCAGGGGAGCUGUCAACUCCAUGUACGCCCUCAUCCUGCUCAUCUUUGCUGCACCCUUGGUCAUUUCCGUCACAAUGAACUUCAUUAAGGCCAAGAGGGGCUCCCGUCGGCAACAAGCGAAGAGGCACAAUAUUGUUAUCUUCCUCAUUGUGCUCCUCAUUGUCCUUCUCAUCCUCUACAAUUUCCUGCAGCCGCUUGGCUACACCCUUCUGUCUUCCCAGGUUGUUUUCCUGCUCAACUGCAUCCACAGCAGCAUCAAACCCUUCAUCUACUUCUUGGUAGGGAGAUGCUGGAGGCCCUGCUCCUUGAAAUCCCUCCGGCUCUCCCUCCAGAGGGUCUUUGAUGAGGAGGAAGGAGAAACUGCCCACAGCAAUGAUGCCUCCAUGGACACAGGGGUCUGAGCCUGGUGAUCCCUUCCCCUGCUCUGCUGAAGGACCCUGCCAGAGUGGCUCAGGCUUUCCUUGAGCCACCUGAUCAAGAAAUACCCACAGGAUGCCCCUCCCUGUGGUGCUGGAUUCCUGCAGGAGAAGGCAGCAGGGGCAGUGCCUUGGGUGAUUUUUGAGGGAUGCUCUGCAGGGAGCUCAUUGGAGCAUGGCUUUCCUCCCAUGAGCCCAGGGCAGGUUUUGGCAACGAUUCUGGAGCUCUUCCCACAAUGGGAGUUGUUUCUGACAAGCAGCCAGGAGCUUCACCAGCACUGCCAGCACUGCCAGCAUUGCAGGGCCAGCAGCAGCACCAGCAGCCCUCUGCUGCUGGAGGGACAAUGACCCCUCAGGGAAGGGAAACAGGGAAUGGCAGAGACCUGACAGGAGAGGGAAGGCAGUUGAAGAAUGGGACACUCCCCUGGGAAGGAGUGUUUCUAUUUAGGGGCAAAUCAGGAGCCAUUCACAAAUAUUAUAAAUAUGUGAAAUUGGAGAUUGCCUCUCGCAAACGUUGAACGGAUAUUAUGUGUGUUGUAAUGUUAAAAGAAGCUCUGUGAAGAUUUGGAGUGUUCCUAAUGUGAGUAUUGUGUUCCUGCUGAAAGCUGCAAUGCUGGUCUGGGACCACAGCGGGGAGUGGAAGGCAGAGGGAGGGCACAAGCUCCGGGAAGGCGGGAGGAAGGAGGAGCAGUGUGGGAAGGGUGGGAUAUGGACGAGUGUGGGGUUGGCUCAGCAAGGGGAUCUAAGGGAUUGUUCCUGUUGUGGGUGGGCUGCGUCUGGCCGUGCCUCCGCCUGCGGCUGAGAGCCCAGCAGAGUUUCUUUUACCUUACUUUGUCCCUUGUUGUAAUUUAAUAAACUUCUUAAAUUUUUAAGAUGAUAGGCAUUGUUUCUCACAACAACGAAAAAGACCACUUGAUUUGUGGGGGAAAAUAAUAAAAAUCAAUCUCAAUAACCCCGAGGCGUGCUGUAUCCCGGGAUUCUCCAAGCACUGACUCCCCAUCCACUCUGACCACAGCCAGGGGCCACAUCCCACUGCCUGCCCAGCAUCCAUCCAUGGAUGUGGCUACUGUGUCCCCAGCUUCCCCCUGUCCCACUGAAGGAGAUGAUCUGUGUGUGAUCGAUGUCACCACCGUGGCCAUACACACUGUGACACUGCUCAUCUGCCUCUGUGGGCUGGUUGGGAAUGGGGCUGUGCUCUGCCUCCUCGAUGUCCGCUUCACCACCGACUUCAUCUUCACCCGGCUGUAACCGUCUUCCUCUUCCUCCUCUUCAUGCUCCUGUCCACAGUGGUCCUCCUUGUAGAGGCUGUGUCCUGCUCUGCUAUUGUGUCCCUGGGGUAUUGGGCUCCCUUUUCCAGCUGUCACUGUAGUGCCCCCUUUUCCAGCUGUCGCUCUUGUGCUCCAGCGUGGGGCUGCUCCCAUGAAUAUCACAGGGUUGGGCUCUGUAGCCUUGAAUUUGUUGUGCUGCUGCUGCUCCUUUUACAAGCUCCUUCCAUGUGUUGUGAUGAGUGCCCUGCAGUGGGACUCCCUUGCUGUUGUCCCUCUCCAUCCAGCAGUGGCUCCCUGAGCCAGUUUCAUGAAGAGCACUGCCAGGUGCCUCUCAUCUCUGUGCACACCCUCCACCUCCUGCUCUCUGCUCCCUUCGUGCUCAUUUCCAGAGUGUUCUUCUGCAUUCAGGACGCAUGUUGCUCAGAGAAGUGCAAGCUCAACAGGCUGCACGUUGUUGUUUUCCUGUCUCCUUCCUCAGCCUCUGGAAUUUCCUGCAGCAGCUGGGCUACACCAUUCUGCCAUCCUGGGCUGGUUUCCUGCUUGCCUGCAUCAACAGCACCAUCAAACCAUUCUUGGUAGGGAGAUACUGGAAAAAUUGUUCCAUGGGGCCCUUCAGGGAAUCUCUCCAGAGGCUCUUUGGGGAGCAAGAAGAAAACAGAGCCAGCAGCAAUGACUCCACCAGGGACACGACAGUCUGAGCCUGUUGUUCCCUUCCUCUGCUCUCAUGUAGCACACUGGGACACUGGCUUAGGGAUUCCUUAAGGAGGCACCUGAUUAAGAAAUAUCCACCAGAUCAUGCUCCCACCUUUAUUCCUGCAGGAGAAGGGAGCAGGGGCAUUGCCAAGAGCCAUGUGGGAGCGAUGCUCUGCGGGGAGCACAUUGGAGCAUGGCUUUCCCUUCUCCCUCACGCCCCCUAGAACACUAUUCCCAAAAGGGAUCAUGCCCCACGUGGCUGUGAUCCCAAAAUCCCCCUGGCACCUGGUUCCUCCAUCCCACUGUGGUCUGAUAUCAAUAAACAGCUUUGUUAGCACUUCCUGGCCUCCUCUGGCUCCUGCUGCCAGCCGGGAAUGUGGCUGGAGGGAGGGGACACACCCAUGGCUUGUGCUCCCUGGAGCAACCGUGAUCCCGAGUGCCCAGAGCUGGGCAGGCACUGGCACAGCUGGCACGGACAGGAGGGGCUCAGCAUUCCCCCCUGGCUGCUCCGAGAGUGUCACAGCAAGGAUGUCCCUGCUCCCGGGUGGGGCGGGGCAGGAAGGCGGCCCCGGGGAGUCUGGGU